AUGUCCGCGCCGCUCCUCGAUCUUCUCGAGUCUGGGGUGGACAGGCACACGAAGCGCGACCGCACGUGGCUGAAGCCAGUGGUCGAGGUGCUGGCGACCAACGGCAUCGAGAGUCCGGAGGACCUGGUCGAACUCAACGUCAGGGCCGCGACCUUCCAGCUCGGGCUGGUCGAGGGCAAGGUCGCUUUCCUCGAGCGCGCCGUCGCAAAGGCAACCCAGUCCGCCGAGCAGCAGGCAGCUGCCGAGGCCGCGGCGCCAAGCGGUUCACAGGAGCCGGUGAGCGCCCUCCUGCAGGCGCUCCAGGGCGGCCGCAAGCCGGCGGUCCACGUGGACAUCGCCGCAGGCCUGGGCGGCAUGACCUUGGCGGGCUUGCCGGCGUCGUGCUGGCCGUCUCCGCAACUGACCGGCUGGGUGCAAGGCCAGGUCAAGGCCGCGGAGAGCAAGGGCAUCACGAAGCCCUUCCUCUACAUGCCAAUCAAGGGCCCCGUCAAGAAGCAGGGGGACCUGCCGAGCAUCCUGCAGUGGUGCGUCGCGCUUGACAGAUGGGCAAUCGUCGCGGCGCUCACCGGUCAGAUGCCGCUCACGGCGUCCAUGGCCCACAAGGAGGUCGCGAUGCAGCUCGCCCUGUCGGCGCGGGCCAGUGGGCGCACGACCGCGAUCGCCGUCCUCUACGACGAGAUCGCCCGGCGCGAAUGGGCAGACCUUUCAGCGGGCCUGGGCACCUUCGACGUCGCCGCGGCCGCGCAGUCGCAGAACGCGGCCACCAUGCUCCGGGCGGAGCGCGAGUACGACGCCCGCGGGUUCCAAGUGGUGCACGACCGAGCUCCAGCGCAGUCGAAGGGCAAGGCAAAGGGCGCCGGCAGGGACCACAAAGGCGGCAGCGACCUCAGCGCCGAGGGCGGCAAGGCCAAGGGCUACGGCAAAGAGCACAAGGGCAAGCCCGCGAACGACUCUCACCGCUGGCAGGGGCAUUACUCGUCCGGGAGUGCCGCCAGCGGGGCGCAGUCAGCCGCGGAGCCAGUGAGGGUCCAGUCAGGUGCAGUUCUCUCCAACACAUCCUGCGCUGAUCUGAGUUGCUUCCAGUCGGCAUUCGACGCUGCCAGCGCGCAAGCUCUGCACGGCGAAUUAGCGCCCGAUGAGGUCGAGGCGCUGCGUUUCACGCGCGAGGCGCUCGGCCGCCGCGACGCGCAGCCGAAGCGCACGGACGUACAGUGCGAGUGCAUGGAAGCGCUGCGGUGGAGCGCCGCGCGUAGCCUACGCCAGCGCAUCAAAGAACGCGAGGAGCGCGUUCGGCGCAUCGAAGCCCGGGCGGCGCACUUCGAGGCGUCCGGGGAGGCCGAGGCCGCGAGAAAGGCUGCGCCACCGGAAUUCAGGCCCGACAUCUCCGCGGCCGAGCUUGCUGCUGCUUGGGGCGAAACGAUUCGUCUGGUGCCCAGGUUUGGGGUCUCGCAACCGAAGCCCGACGGGUCGCUGAAAGUGCGCCCGGUGGAUGACUUCACGCGCUCCAGGGUGAACGGCGCGCGCGCUCCCGCCGAGAAAUUAAGCGUAGAGGGCGCGGACCAGCUGGUAGCGGUCGCGCGCGCCUUCUUCGAGUUGCACGGCGCACUUCCCGAGCUGCGGCAAGCGGACAUAGAUUCCGCUCACCGCCGCAUCCCGUUGGCCCCCGCCGAUAGGUGGGCCGCGGUCAGUGUUUUCAAGGAGGGCGGCCGCCUGUGGUGCUCGCAGCACCUGGUCUGCCCGUUCGGCGCGCUAGCAUCUUGCCACGACUGGGACCGCGUGGCCGCCAUGCUCUCGCACUUCGCAAGGCGGCUCGCCAAGCUGCCCGUUUCGCGAUACGUAAACGAUUCUUUUGCGCCGGAUCGCCCCGGCGCGGCCGACCACGCCAUGCGGCGAUUCGCUCGCAUCGUCAGAGCCGCGCUCGGCAGCGACGCAGUAGCCGAUGCGAAGGUGGCGCACGGGGCCCAUUUG